AUGCACGCCAACGAUCAUCAAGUUGAUCUAUCAUGGACAACAGUGCGAGAUUCCGACAGGAUGCAAUUCCCUCCUCUAAAUCAGAUUCUCUCCGAGCUGGCUCUCCUGCUACCGCCGACGACGCUGGCGGCAACUGAGCCGUUGUCCUCUGAAGAGCAGAAGACCUUGUUCCACUCCUUACAGAACUGCCUGAAAAGCGCUGAGGACCUAGAGCUUUCCGAGGCUCUGAAAAACAUUCCAGAUAUUCUUCACAGGCUGUGGCAAUGCAGAUCGCUCUAUCUAGUACCAGCCGCAGAGGCUCUGGCGAAUGGCAGCAGAGACCCACUAUGGCGGGCUUCGUUUGGACAGACCGGGGUUCUCGAUUUCUUCCUCCAGCUCAUAGCGUCAAAGGAGACUGUUGAUAACAAACUUCUCCUCCAUGCGUUACGACUUAUCGGCAAUUCCUGUGCCGAUACUAAUGAAAAUAGAGAAACUGUAGUGAAGUAUAACUAUACUUCUGCUAUUCUACAGCACUCAAGCAACCCCGAGCUCAUUCAAGUGGUCAUCCCUGUCUUGUAUAACAUAUGCAUCGACUUCGAGCCCGCUCAGACCCAGCUAGCUGCUAAUCGGGUCGUGUAUAUCCUGCUGAGGUUGGUGAAAGAUGGCGCGCUCAAGGAUAACGAUGCUCUGCUUGAUUACGUCUUUGAGCUCGUCGAAUUGGACACCCAGGCUUUGGCACAGUCCCGAUUGAAAAUCAAUCAAAUCCUCGCGGAGAUCUCCGCGUUGGCUUCAUUUGCGGAAUGCUAUCCCCUGGAUUCCCCUCUCGCCCAAUUUCUCAAGACAUGGUUAAAAUCGCAGGAGGAUCAGCUGCAGAUAUGCGCCUGCGUUAUCCUGGGUAACUUGGCUCGAUCCGACACCAUUUGUGAAAAGAUGAUUCAGGACUUGGAGAUACAUGAGGAGCUCAUAUCAAUCCUCAAAGGUGAUGUUCGAGGCGCAGUCUUACACUCUGCACUUGGAUACCUAAAGAACCUCGCAAUCGCUGGCAAUAACAGGCUAAUACUUGGAGAAGCUGGCAUAAUUCCUGCUGUUUCACGUUUAUGGCAAUACGAGUCGGUCCCCCAGGUUCAGUUCGCUGCAACAAGCAUCGCCCGGCAGGUAAUCGUAGCAGCGAUGGAUAAUAUAUCUCGUUUGCUCGAGCGACUUCCUGCCGAUGAGCAUGACCCAACGAACGAACGGACGUAUCUGUCUUUGCUACUUGCGCUAUUCCAAAAGACUGAUUCAAUCCCCAUCAAAACCGAGAUUGGACGCAUUGUAGCUUCCAUAUGCCGCACUCUGGUCCCCAAGUCUCGGGGCGAGGAGCCUACUGCUGUUGCUCUACUCACCAGAGUCUUUGACUUGCAUGAAGAUAUUUCACUGCCGCUUGGUGCUAUGAUCACCCAGUCGCAAUGGCCUGUUGUCCGGAGUGAAGGCUGGUUCGCGUUGGCCCUGAUGGCAUCCAGUAAAGCGGGAGCCACGGCUAUUUCACGAUCCUUGCAACGGAUGGAAAUCCUUCCGUUGCUCGAGGAGACGUUGAGUGUGAAACCAUCCGAACCCACGGAUGAGACGGAACCAGUACAGGCGAAGAAAGAUCGUGACAACAUUAUUGUCCUGAUGCAGGUAUUACUGAAGAAUGAUCCUGAUGCGCUCCCCGAAUCCUCCAAAUCUACCCUUCAGGAGUUGAUGCACAGCCAUGUGCCCAGACAUGUGCGAGACGCCCAGCCCUCAAAGGGAACUGUUCUUCUCGCUGUGAUGACCCCGGGGGCAUUCCUACAGCUGGCUGAAGAUGGUGAUGAAGAAGAUGAUAAGACGGGCGAGAUGCAGAUGCUGGAAGUCUCGCGCCGAGAGGCGCAAAAGACCGUCGCAGAAGAUGCGCGAGGCUUGACGAGGCUCUGGCAGUCGCUGUUUGUCUUCGGCUACUAUUACAUAUAUGAUCCAAUUGCAACGGGCUUCCGAUUUGUCCAUUUAGUUGUAAUCUUCCUGCCCGUCAUUCUUACGGCUCCCACUCUAUGCUUUGGACGGCGACUGAAGGACCGUGAGGGGAUACGGACAGGAACACUGUGGUGGUAUAAAUUCCUGGUCCGAUCAAUGGAACGUGCAGGCCCAGCAUUCAUCAAGCUCGGACAAUGGGCGGCCUCCCGUACCGACAUCUUCCCACCGGAACUAUGCGAUAUCAUGUCAUCACUUCAUUCCAACGCCCCCGCACACUCACUACAUCAGACUAAAAGAACCAUAAGGAAAGCCUUCAACUGGUUGCCAUUCGAGGAUAUUUUUGAGGAAUUCCAAGAGGAACCCUUGGGGGUAGGCGCUAUCGCGCAGGUCUACAAAGCGAAAUUGAAGCCUAACCUUGCGGGGACUGAUGAUGACUUCGAUCUACAACCGCACGGUUUACGAGACAAGGUCCGAAAGAACGUCGGUGCCUUAGUCAAGAGCUCUCCUCAGCGGGUCCCGUCGUCGUACGUAGCCAUCAAGGUGCUUCAUCCUAGGGUAGAACGCGUGAUCCACAGGGAUUUGAAGAUCAUGUUGUUCUUUGCGUCUUUGGUCAACGUUAUACCUACCAUGAAUUGGCUAUCAUUACCGGAUGAGGUUCAUCAAUUUGGUGAAAUGAUGAAAUUGCAAUUGGACUUACGGAUCGAAGCGACCAAUCUCGUCAUGUUCCGUGAGAAGUUCAGGUCCCGGACCACGGCUUGGUUUCCAUACCCAUAUCUGGACUAUUCUACCCGUGAGGUGCUCGUGGAGGAGUUUGCACAGGGUAUCCCACUCUCAACCUUCCUUGAUGUCGGAGGUGGCGUUUACCAGGAAGAAAUCGCCAACGAAGGCCUGGACGCAUUUCUCCAUAUGCUCUUGAUCGAUAACUUCGUCCACGCAGAUCUGCACCCCGGGAAUAUCAUGGUGCGAUUCUACCGGCCCAGUGAACUGGACCUAUCACUGGGAAGCAAGUCUCGCGCAUCAGAUGCACCAACUGCGGCAGAGGUCGAUGUUACAGAAUCCGUGCUGGCACGGCUGCGCCCGCAUGCCAGUGAUCGACGCGACUGGAAGAAAGCGCUCGACAAUCUGAAUGCCGAGGGCUACCGACCUCAGCUCAUCUUCAUCGAUACCGGCCUGGUGACCCAACUGAACGACCUCAAUCGGCGCAACUUCAUCGAUCUGUUUCGCGCCAUUGCGGAGUUCGACGGGUUUCGAGCGGGCGAGCUCAUGGUCGAACGAUGCCGCCAACCGGAUGCCGUGAUUGACCCGUAUUAUUUCGCAUUGGGGAUGGAACACCUAGUGUUAAAUGUCAAGUCGCGCACGUUCGCUCUGGGUAGCGUCAAGAUUGGAGAUGUCUUGAGUGAGGUCUUAUCUUUGGUCCGAAAACAUCACGUUAGACUUGAGGGGGAUUUUGUCAACGUUGUCAUUUCGUGUCUUCUUCUUGAGGGGAUUGGACGCAACCUGGACCCCAACCUCGAUCUUUUCAAGAGUUCCCUCCCCAUUUUGCGGAAAUUGGGAUCCAACACCACCUCCUUCAAAUCCGUCCGGGCGGGCGACAUGUCCAUGCUUCGUGUCUGGGUAGGACUUGAAGCGCGUGAGCUGCUCCAAAGCAGCUUCGAAAGCGUUGAGCAGUGUGUUAAAUAUGAUCUAUUAUCGCCCAACAUUUGA